AUUCUUAUUAUGUGCAAUCUUUUUGGGUAUUCCGACGGCAACGACGAUGCAAAACGCUUGUACCACGAUCUACUGAUCCAGAACAAGUACAACAAACUGAUUCGGCCCAUCGGAAACAACACAAACAAACCUCUUAUGGUGAGGAUGGGAAUUCGGCUGUCACAAAUCAUCGACGUCGAUGAGCUGAACCAGGUGAUGACGACCAAUGUCUGGCUGAGACAGGAGUGGUAUGAUUUCAAGCUGACGUGGCACCCAGUUGAAUACGGGGGUGUCGACCGCCUAUAUGUCCCAUCUGAACUUAUUUGGCUCCCCGAUAUUGUCCUGUAUAAUAACGCCGACGGAGAUUUUGAAGUCCAACUCCUAACGAAGGCGACCGUCAUGUAUACCGGCCUCAUCAUUUGGGAGCCACCAGCUAUUUACAAAAGCGCUUGUAUCAUGGAUGUCGAAUUUUUCCCUUUUGACGUGCAAAACUGUUCCUUAAAAUUUGGAUCCUGGACGUACGAUGGAUUUGAAAUAGAUUUAGUUCAUGUUUGCGCAAAUGACUCUGAUUCAACAGAGGUUAUUGUCAAUGGAAUAGAUCUCAGCGAAUUUUACCAAAGCGUCGAAUGGGACGUUAUUUCGGUAACUGCUAAAAAGAAUAUUAAAAGAUACAUUUGCUGUCUUGAACCUUAUAUUGACGUUACAUUCCAUGUAACCAUGCGGAGAAAGACAUUAUUUCACACAGUUACCUUGAUCCUACCAUGUGCUGUCAUAUCAUUUUUAACUGUUCUUGUUUUUUAUCUACCAUCAGACAGUGAGGAGAAGAUAACCUUAUGUAUAUCAGUACUUCUCUCUCUUACUGUCUUCUUUCUUUUGCUCACAGAAAUAAUUCCUCCCUCGUCGGUCGUUAUCCCCUUGAUUGGCAAAUAUUUACUGUUUACGAUGAUUUUAGUUACCCUAUCAAUCAUUGUCACCGUUUGUAUCCUAACAAUUCAUUUUCGGUCACCAGCCACGCAUAACAUGUCUCACUGGACGCAAACUGUGUUUCUCCACAUUCUUCCGAAAAUGUUAUGCAUGAAACGUCCUAUCAUGCGGAAAUAUAGACUAAUGAAGUGCAAUGGAGUCAAACAGCGGAACCGCAAGCUAGAACCGAGCUUUAUACGAUGCGAUGAGAGACAUGUUACAUCUCAACCGCGCGAAGGGUUGCAUUUAUUGGAAGAAGACCAACAGUGUCGCAAUUGUCAACGAGGUUCAGCUGUAAAUAGACGCGUUGAGGUCGCUUUUACCGAUGUAAAAUACAUCUCCGACCAUCUAAAAGAGGAGGAUGAAUAUUCAUCGAACAUUGAAGAUUGGAAGUUUGUUGCUAUGGUUUUGGACCGCAUGUUCUUUUGGAUAUUUACAUCAGCGUCUAUCAUCGGCACAUUUGGAAUACUUCUGCAAGCACCAACACUAUACGACGACAGAUCUGCGUUAUCGGCAGAAACGUUUAAGUGGGGCUAUUGUUGA